AUGUUUCAGCUGCCCAUCUUGAAUUUCAGCCCCCAGCAGGUCGCCGGGGUCUGCGAGACCCUGGAGGAGAGCGGGGACGUCGAGCGCCUCGGCCGCUUCCUGUGGUCGCUGCCCGUCGCGCCGGCGGCCUGCGAGGUCCUCAACAAGAACGAGUCGGUGCUGAGGGCCCGCGCCGUCGUCGCCUUCCACACCGGCAAUUACCGUGAACUCUACCACAUCCUGGAGAACCACAAGUUCACCAAAGAGUCGCACACGAAGCUGCAGGCGCUGUGGCUCGAAGCGCACUACCAGGAGGCGGAGAAGCUGCGGGGACGCCCGCUGGGGCCGGUGGACAAAUACAGGGUGCGCAAGAAGUUCCCCUUACCCAGGACCAUCUGGGAUGGAGAGCAGAAGACCCACUGCUUCAAGGAGAGGACCCGGCACUUGUUACGAGAGUGGUACCUGCAGGACCCGUACCCGAACCCCAGUAAAAAGAGGGAGCUUGCUCAGGCCACAGGACUUACACCCACACAAGUAGGAAACUGGUUCAAAAACCGCAGACAAAGAGACAGAGCGGCGGCUGCGAAGAACAGGCUCCAGCAGCAGGGCCUGUCCGGCGGCUCGGUUCGCUCCCUGGCGGACGAGGACGGCACCGUGGACCGCCUGGGGAACUCGUCCAGUCCGGAGGCGAGUCUGUCCAGCAAAGCGGCGGCCUCGGCCAUCUCCAUCACCUCCAGCGACAGUGAAUGUGACAUCUGA